AUGGCGAAACCUUCCAAUUUGAAGGCUUACACUAUUGCACUUGUCUUGGCUUUACCAUUCGUUGUCUGGAUUUUGUGGACUACAGACUCCGUGAAUGUCGCGAGUCCCAAAACACCUUCUCAGUACCUAGAAGGAACUAUCGAGGCCCGCGUCAAUGAUAUACUCGCAAGCACCCCGCUAAUAGAUGGUCACAAUGAUCUCGCAUAUUUCAUUCGUUGGGCUCACAACAAUCGCUUGUACCUCGACAACUUCACCCAGCCAUUUGAGGGAGGAACGCUUGGUGGAGAAGUCGACCUUCGCAGGCUUCGCCAGGGGCUUUCCGGUGGAGCCUUCUGGUCUACCUUUGCGGACUGUCCAACGGAAGGUUACUCGUUGGAGUAUUAUGCCGAAGCACUUGCUACCACCGAGGCCGCCAUCGAUGUGAUCCACAGGAUCUACACAAGAUAUCCAGACAUAUUUGCCAGACCGAGUAACAGCUCAGACGCGCUCGCGAUCUUUAAGUCCGGUCGGAUCAUCUCGCCUCUGGCAGUGGAAGGUCUUCACCUGGUUGGGGACUCAUACACUAAGUUACGGAGCUACCAUGCAAGUGGAGUGCGCCUCAUAACGCUCACACACAACUGUCACAACUCCUACGCAGAUUCAGCGCUGGUGAUGACAGAUGGAAAACUUGGACCAUCGCAACCCCACUGGGGAGGUGUCAGUAAGGCGGGACAAGUUCUUGUGCGCGAGAUGAACAGACUAGGUGUCAUCGUCGACCUGAGCCACACAUCGGCUGACACAAUGCGCGCUGCACUAGGAGCGGGCAACAGAGAUGACGACGAAUCCGAGCGGUGGGAGGGUACCUUGGCUCCACCUAUUUUCAGUCACAGUAGCGCUUUCGCUCUUUGUCCACAUCCUCGAAAUAUCCCCGAUGAUGUUCUGCAGCUCUUAAAGGAGCAGGAUGGUGUUGCUAUGGUCACUUUCUCUCCCGACUUCGUCAGCUGCGAGUGGCCGGACGGGCAUCCCGUCGAAGGCCAAUUGCCCCAGAGAGUCGACGCAAAUCUCACCAUACCACAGAUUGUUCGUCAUAUGCGUUACAUCGGGGACUUGAUAGGUUACGAGCAUGUCGGCAUCGGGAGUGAUUUCGACGGCGUUCCAUUUGUCAUUGAAGGACUAGAAGACGUCUCAAAAUACCCCUCGCUAGUUGCGGAAAUGCUACGACAGGGCAUCAGUGAUGAAGUGGCCCGGAAAAUUGUGGGAGGAAAUCUGUUGCGGGUUUGGGGAAAAGUCGAUGAGGUAGCUGCGCAACUGCAGGCCGAGGGUGCCUUACCUGCAGAGGACGGCCUUCCACCUCUGGAUGAUCCGUGGAGAGAUGAUCCGUGA